CACUCAACAACGAGUCGAAUCGAGAAAAAUAGAGAGUAUACUCGUGUUCCGCCAUCGGCCAUUGUCUCUGACAUGGAAGCCCAGCAAAAUGGCAGAAGUUGUGCAGAUGUUUUUGUUCCUAUAUAAAUCAAAGUAUCGGCGAAAAGUGUACGAUCGCGAUGAUAAAUUACCGUGCAAUGUCCCUUACGCGUUGCUAUGGGCUGUGAUAGUUUGGGCGGCGUUGUUGAAGGGUGCCGCAACAGCAUCAUCCGCCCCAGAGACAACUUGCGAUCUGGACAAUUGUGUCAACGGUGAUUGUGUCAAUGGUAGUUGUUUGUGUCAUGAUGGAUGGCAGGGGCCAGCCUGUCAGUACUGCAGCGGUAAAGUCAGACUGACAGCACCAUCCGGUAGCAUUCACGAUGGCACUGGAAAUUACACGACAGACGUUAAAUGCUCGUGGUUGAUCGAGAGUAGUCCAAAUUCCUCCAUACGUAUGCAUAUAGAGGAAUUUGCAACAGAAUGCGGGUGGGAUCAUUUAUACAUAUACGAUGGAGACAGCGUAGAGGCACCACUAUUGGGUGUAUUUACGGGACUUAUGCACAAGGACGGAUAUCACAUACGACGUGUCCCCGAGGUGAUUGCACGCUCCGGCAGUGUCUUCCUACAUUUUUAUUCGGAUGUUGCUUAUAACAUGAGUGGAUUCAACAUAACGUACAAGAUAAAUGCAUGUCCAAGCAGAUACUCUCACAUCGAUUGCUCUGGUCACGGUGUAUGCAUCGACGGUGCAUGUACUUGUGACCCCAUGUGGACAGGUGAGGCAUGUGACGCAUCAGUGUGUCCAAACAAUUGCUCCCACCAUCACGACCAGGGCGAGUGCAAUCGUGAGAAAAACGAGUGCAACUGUGCCCCAGGUUACAAAGGCUCAGACUGCAGUCAACGAGUUGAGCGUGGCUACUGGGGUACCAUACCCUACAAAGACUUUUCACCCGAGGGUUCAGCCAGUCACUGUUCAAUCGUAUGGCAUGACUCACUUUACAUCGUAGGCGGUGAGAGUUUUCACCGUUCCAAGAUGAUUUACGUCUACGAUUUUACGGGCAAUGUCUGGGAGACACCGCACAUUGAGGGAAUACGUCCAUUGCCCCGCUACUCACACUCAUGUGUUCUAUUCGGCGACAAGAUCUACAUGUACGGUGGGGUUAUUGAAAAUUCCACAGUAACCAAUGAAUUAUGGGCCUUUGACAUAUCAGCCAAAGUAUGGGAGAAUGUAACAGUGCGUCAUCAUUGUAACAACAGAACAAUGUGUGGACCACUGAGAGUGGCUGGGCACACAGCUAAUCUCGUCCACAGUCACGAUAGAAAUGAAAAAAUGGUCAUUAUAUUUGGCCAUUCACCCCAGUACGGCUAUUUGAAUACCGUUCAGGAGUACUACUUUGGCACGAGAGAGUGGAGAAUCGUCGAUUCCACUGGUUUUCCUAUAAAGGGCGGUUAUGGACACAGUGCUGCACACGAUCCACUGACAAAUCACAUUUACGUGUACGGUGGUUAUGUAUCGGAAUCGCAGAAUACGCAAGUAUUGACGAGUCGUAUUUACUCUUAUCAUCCAAAUACACGUGUAUGGCGUCUACUGACAUCGGCCCCUUCCGCCCGUUUCUUUCACACUGGUGUCUUCGUAUCGGACGGUAUUAUGCUAAUAUUCGGUGGUAAUACGCACAACGAUACAAUACAUUCGCACGGUGCACGUUGUUAUUCAGCUGAUACAAUAGCAUACGAUGUGACAUGUGACUCGUGGCAUCAGUUUCCAAUGCCACGUGAAAUGUCAGAUCUUCCAAGGUACGGUCACAGUGCAACGAUAUUUGGACAAUCUAUGUACAUAUAUGGGGGCUUUGAUGGUCAGAUGUUGUCGGAUAUGCUGAUGUAUACACCGGGUAGUUGUGAACAUUUGACGUCCCAGAGUCAGUGUUUAAUAUCUAGAACUGGAUUGAAAUGCAUCUGGGACAAGAGGCAGGAUCGUUGUGUACAGAUAACGAGGAGUUUGAGACAGAAAUUGUGGCAGAAUGAUAAUUUGCAUGAUUCCACUUACAUGAAGUGUGUCGAUGAUACACAGCCCCGUGGUAUGACAUCGCACAAGGAGCUGUGCAAAUUACUGACUGAUUGUUCAGCUUGUGUGCAAACUUCUUACGACUGCGUUUGGUGCAGUAUGAAGGGAUGCGCUCAUGAGGUGUGUGGCAGGACACCGAGUGCACCACCACUCACUGGUAUCACAAGUCUUGAUCAGUGCGAAUUGCACACGGGAAUUGAGUGUCCUCAAUUGCACACGUGUCACGCGUGCUCCAAUAAUCAGGACUGCGUGUGGUCAUGGCCGAAUGGCCCUUGCAAACAAAUCACCAAGAUAAGGGAUAUCAGUUUUAUGAAUGGCACUGCUAUACAGGCGCAACGGUUGACAAUGGACUCGUGUAGGAGUCCAUGUGUUAAUUACAAACACUGCAGUAAUUGCACUGAGAAUGAUUGCAUAUGGUGUCAGAAUGAGGGAAAGUGUGUUGAUAAGAAUGCAUAUCCAGUGAGUUUUCCUUAUGGCCAGUGCAGGGAGUGGACGACUAAUGGGGCCAGGUGUAGGGCUACGGAGACGGGAAAGGAGUGGUGCAGCUUUUAUUCGUCGUGCUUGAAUUGCCGAUCGGAUCCCGAGUGCGGGUGGUGUGAUGAUGGCUCCAAGACGGGAAAGGGUAUUUGUAUGCCUGGGGGAUCCAGGGGUCCUAAUGCUAGAAAUGGGGGCUUUUGUCCCAUUGAGAGGUGGUUCUUCACGAGCUGUCCAGCUUGUCAGUGCAAUGGCCAUAGUACGUGUUAUGGGAAUAGCAGUGACUGCAUCAAACCGUGUGGCAAUUUGACCAGGGGGGCGCACUGUGAUAAGUGCAUUCCUGGGUAUUUUGGAAGCCCGUUGAAUGGGGCCACUUGUCAGCCUUGCUCCUGCAAUAAUCAGGGUACUGAGUGCACCAGUGAAACUGGAAAAUGCUUUUGCACGACUAAGGGCAUUAUUGGGGAUAAUUGCGAACGCUGUGACGUUUCUAGUCUGUACCAUGGAGACCCCACGAAGGGAUCGUGCUUCUACGAUUUAGCAAUCGACUACCAGUUCACAUUCAAUUUGAGCAAGAAGGAGGAUCGCCAUUACAGAGCAAUAAAUUUUAAGAAUUCCCCGUCGAAACCAGACGUCGACGCUGAAUUUUCCAUAGCCUGCUCUGUACUAGCGAAAAUGAAUAUAACGAUAAAGAAAGCCAACAGUCCGGAGAAGCCACUCCUACUUGGUGCCAAUUGUACGACGUAUAAGCAUCGCUUCAGCAAGGCUGACUAUAAUUUUGGUAGUGAGGAUAACACGACAUUAACGACGUUUUACGUGUACGUUUAUGAUUUUCAACCGCCCCUCUGGAUACAAAUAUCAUUUUCCCAGUACUCGAAACUCAAUCUACAGCAAUUUUUCAUCACAUUCUCCACAGAUUACAUGACAACGCACAGGUGCUUCCUUGCUCUUCUACUGGUGGCAGCCAUAUUAUGGAAAAUAAAGCAGAAAUAUGACAUGUAUCGGAGACGCCAGAGACUCUUCGUCGAGAUGCAACAGAUGGCCAGUCGUGCCUUCAGCCAAGUCCUGGUGGAGAUUGAGAGGCGUGAUAUUCCACCGGAUAUUGAGAGAAACGAUGCGGAGACCAAUAACGUCAGGAAGAAGAAAAAGGAUGCUCCAAGUCCAAUUGCCCUGGAGCCAUGCAGUGGCAAUAGAGCAGCUGUUUUAUCGUUGCUAGUCAGACUGCCAACGGGUGGUGAGCCUUACACACCAGCAGGUCAGAGUGCUGGUUUAGCAGUUGCAUCUGCACUAGUCACCCUGGGCAGUCCAAGAAGGCCUUCACAAGAACUGACAACAAAGGAGCCCAAAAAAUCAAGAAAAUCCGCCAGUCAACAUCCAGAUUCAACCUGCAUCUAGCGUUGGAUGAAGGUAAUCACUUUAAUCUCCACCAUUUGUGCUUUCAUAUGUAUUGGAACAUUAUUUUAUUGUUUUUUAAUCCCCGAGAGCAACUGACGUGACCUACUCCUUUGGACAAAUUCAAAUUUAUUCUGUAAUCACGAGUGAUCUUUUUUAUUUCCCGGUAUUUUUUUUAGCUUCAUCCUUGUUUUUACGAGAGGAAAUUAUAUCAUUGUGGCAAUGAGGCUUCCAUGAUUAGUGGGAAGAUCAACCUCUACUCGAUUCAAAUGAAGUUUCUUUUUCAAUUAGAAUGUUUUUAACCUUCGACUGAAUUGAUAAUUUUGCAGCGUAAAUUAUCAUGUAUUUUAUGCGUUUUCACAUCAAUUUAAUGGCAAUGAUUCAUCAAUUAAUUGUUUUCUGCCCGUCAACAUAUAUGUUUGCAGAUGUUCAUUCUGCUGGGUUAACAAUUUUUCUUUUAUUCUCUUUCUCGAAUUAAACUUUUUUAAGAGUUUAAGAGUUUUGACGUGGACUGGAUAAGGCUGAUUAUCUAGACUGCUUUGAAAAAUGGCCCGCCUUAAAAGAAAAACAAAACGGCUACUUACGGUGUAAAUGCUCUCUCCCACAUACAACAUUGUAAAUAAACCUACGUGUACCAUUUUUGAAUGUGCUGGUUAGUGCAGCAAUUUGUUGAAACUCGAUGGUGAUAAUCAAAAAAACAGAGAAUAAAAGAAAUUGGUUGGGAGAAUUUGGAGAGUUGGAAAAAUUGUACAGUUAUGAGAAGAGAUAACGAAUCAGAUCUAUUAAUUCAUUUUAUUUCGUGGUAUGCUUGGCGGCAUGCAAGUGUGAGAGAUAACGAAUGUAUUAACCCUCAUUUUUAUUUCAAUAUUUUCGAAAUGAUAGAGCACUAUAAAUAUUUCAAUUCUAAACCAAGGGACUUAAGUAAUAGGAAGACAUUGAGGGCCUUGCAUUUAAUAAUAAGCUUGACUUAGUAUUUCAUUUAUUCUUCUGCCCCCCCUCGAACAAACAUUAGAAUAACGUAUUAAUGCAAUUGAACGCUUUAUUUUCACCCAGCGUUCUAUUGUACGAAAGUAUAGUGUCAUUUUACCAAAAAAAAUCAGAGAAUUAAAAUUGUUUGUUUUUAUUAUUGAAUUGUAUUCCUAUUUAAAUCAUCUGCGCCAUCAAAAUUAUCAUUUCACGAAUUAACUCGGUUGUCAGCUCGUCUUGUCAAUGACAUUAACGAAUUUGAAUAAUGAUAAUUACUCAAUGUAGGAUAAGUGAAGAUGCAUUUUUUUCGAAAGUUUAAUACUUGUACUUUUUAUAACGCGAUGUAUCGUGCAGAAUAAGCAGAGUGUAAAAUAAAUUAUUCCUAAAAUUA